AUACCCACCUGGUUAGAGAAGGCAGUCACGCGGAGAAACAACAAGAUCCAAAAUGUCAGGCUCCGAGAAAACUCCGCUCCUCAACUCCAAUGUUCACGAGCACGAAGAGGAUGAAGAACUGACGGGAUGCGGGUCGACUCUGGCCUGUAAUCCCCGUCGAUUCCUGCACCGAUACCUUGUUUUGAUCAUCAUGUGUUUUCUAAGUUUUGGGAGCUAUUUUUGCUAUGACAACCCUGCUGCCCUCCAGGACACCAUGAUAAAGGACCUUAAUCUGUCGGAAAGUUCUUUCAUGGGGUUCUACUCCUGGUAUUCAUGGCCCAAUGUCAUCCUGUGUUUCUUCGGCGGCUUCCUGAUUGACAAGGUGUUUGGUGUCCGACUGGGAGCCAUCAUUUUCAGCUUGUUUGUCACGUUGGGACAGAUUUUGUUUGCACUAGGUGCCUAUCUCAACAAGGUUUGGUUAAUGGAUAUGGCCAGAUUCAUAUUUGGGAUAGGAGGAGAGUCCCUGGCUGUGGCCCAGAACACCUACGCUGUCAAAUGGUUUCAGGGGAGGGAACUCAACAUGGUGUUUGGUCUCCAGCUCAGCUUUUCCCGUGUGGGCAGUACCGUGAACAUGAACAUCAUGCAGCCGCUAUACAAAAUGGUGGCUGAGCAUGGAUUGACUGGCUACAAGGUUCUCGGCAUCACUCUCUUCAUCGGGGGUAUCAUCUGCCUCCUGUCACUCAUCUGUGCCCUGGCCCUCGGCUACUUCGACAAACGAGCAGACCGGAUCCUUCACAGAAAAGCAACUGCAUCAGAUGAGGUGAUCAGAAUAACGGACGUAAAAUACUUCCCUCUGCCGUUCUGGUUGAUGUGUGUUAUCUGUGUGGCGUAUUAUGUAGCUGUGUUUCCCUUCAUUGGUCUCGGUUUAGUUUUCUUUGAAAUGAAAUGGAACCUUAGUCCCACUGCUGCCAACACUAUUAAUAGCCUGGUGUAUAUCAUAUCUGCAGUGGCCUCCCCUCUAUUCGGUUUCCUGAUUGACAGAUCUGGAAAGAAUAUAUUUUGGAUAAUCAUUGGUACCUCAGCUACGAUAGGCUGUCAUGCCCUUCUAGCCUUCACCUUCCUCAACCCAUUUGUGGCCAUGAUAUGUAUGGGUUUGGCCUAUUCUAUACUGGCCAGUGCAUUGUGGCCCCUUGUUGCUCAAGUUAUACAAGAAUCACAACUCGGCACUGCGUACGGCAUUAUGCAGGCUAUCCAGAACCUCGGGCUGGCUGUGGUAUCUAUUGCUGCGGGUUCUAUAGUCGAUUCUAGCGGCUACCUAAUACUGGAGGUGUUCUUCCUCGUCUGGCUGUGUAUUGCUCUCGUGGCUGCAGUUAUAUUAUAUCUGACGGAUGCAUCAUCAGGUGGUAAACUUAACUUAUCAGCAAAGCAAAGAAGAAUACUUGCAGAAGAAAAAGCGAGAUUGGACGAAGAAAAAAAAUUGCUGAAUUAGAUCUCCACCGGAAUGCUUGAAUGAUUUCCAUAGUGCCAAAGAAAGGAUCCGACAUUCAUUGGACACUUCCAGUGUGAUUUUGAGCAUCAGCAGCGGAACAAACAUUGAUGCAUUUUAUAGGAAUACUCUUAACCUGGCCUACUGUCAGGUGUGGAACUGUACACCUUCCUUGUUCCACCACUGAAGUCCACAAAAGUGUCUGGCUUAAGUGUACGAGAAAGAGAUUUCCUUUCUUGAUUUCAAACAGUUUCGUAACAUUCACAAUUAUUGUAACAAGAGCCGUACUUUACAGAAACUGAUCCACCUACUUUCAUUGAUCAGUUUUAAUUGUGAACAGUUUAGAGAAUGGUUUUCACAGACUUCAAGUUAUCAAUUUUAUAUGAAAAUGGUGGGAGGAGGGGAUGGGGUGGGGGGGCCGGAUAUUUCCAUUUUACAUUGAGUAAAACAUAUUCAUCAGAACUUCUUUUAUUUUAUAAUUCAGUUUAUCUUCAUUUUGUGCAGAUUUUUUAAAGGCAAUAUUUGUUUAUUUAAGUUUCACCCACAAAAGGAUACCAUAUUUCACAGAAAUUAUUAAAUGACUUUGUGAUAUAUUUUAGCGUAUGAUUUAAUGAGAGAUAUGAUAUUAGUUGAUGUUUUGAAACAAAUGCCAGUGUUUUAAUGACAAGUACAUGUAACCGUUAUUUGUCAUAUCUGUUAAUUUUGUGAACAAAACUAAUAUUUAUUUAUUUUUCUCAUUAAUAUUUUUUAAUUCUGUUACAUUUAAAUGUUUUGGUCUACAAACUUCAACUGUUUUAUUCUGCUUCACUGAAGUAUUUUAUUCUGCUUCACUGAAGUGUUUUAUUCUGCUUGUUCUCUUAAGUGCUUUCUUCUUCUAAACUGAAAGAUAUUAUUCUGCAUCAUUAAAAUGUUUUGAUCAGCUACAUUGAACCUUUUAUUCUGCCUCAGUUCAAUGUUUUAUUUAUUGUCAUUGAAAUGUUUUAUUCUGCUUCAUUGAAGUAUCAUAUAUUUUUUCAUUCUUAAACUAGGGUGUAGAACAUGUUCAUUUAAUCAUAAAAUCUUCUUGACUUCAUCUUAUUGUAAAUAGACCUGAGCUCCCUCAUCUUAACAAGUGUUUUAGAUUGUAUACCUCAAAAUAUUCAACGAAGCUUGUUUAAUGUUUAAAUUUAUUUUUUUGAGAUUAAAACUAUCACUUGCAUUCAAAUUUAUUUUUUCUUA